UUUCGAGUUAGACACAACACUGAUAAACAAGAUGGGCACUUACAAACUCUUAGUGCAUUCGGCAAGACAAGUUGUUCUUGUUGCUUCAAAAGGAGAACGAGUCCUAAAAGGAGAAGACAUGAAGCAUAUAGCUGUGCUUGAAGAAGAUGGAGCCAACGGAGUUAGCAUUAUAGUGGGGCGGGAUGGUCUGAUCCAUGCAGUGGGCUAUGAUGCAGACAUUCAGAAAAAAUAUUGUAAUGCAAAAUUCGAUAGAUCCCUUGAUGCUUCAGGAAUGUGUAUUGUACCAGGACUAGUGGACGGCCACACCCACCCUGUUUGGGCUGGAGACAGAGUGCAUGAGUUUGCUAUGAAGUUAGCAGGGGCCACUUACAUGGAGGUGCAUGCCGCAGGAGGUGGGAUCAACUUUACUGUGGACCACACUCGGAAGGCCAGCGAGGAGCAGCUGUUGAAGGAUUUCGAAGAGAGACUAAGGAGAAUGUUGCGCUGCGGCACCACUCUGGUGGAGUGUAAGAGUGGGUAUGGUCUUGAUGUGGAAACUGAGGUAAAAAUGCUGCAGGUGAUGGAGAAUGCCAAGAAAAAUGUCCCCAUUGACAUUUCAUCAACAUUUUGUGGAGCCCAUUCUGUUCCAAAAGGUAAAACAGCAGAUGAGGCAGCAGAUGAUGUUAUAAAUGUCCAGUUGGCCAGAAUAAAGGCCCUGAUGGACAGUGGUGAGCUGGAAUUGGACAGUAUAGACGUCUUCUGUGAGAAGGGAGUGUAUGAUGUAGAGCAGACGAGAAGAAUACUGCAUGCUGGGAAAGAAAUGGGGUUACUGAUCAAUUUUCAUGGAGAAGAGCUCAAUUACCUGGGUUCUGCUCAGAUGGGGGCAGAGCUCGGUGCAACAGCCAUCAGCCAUCUUGAAGAGGUAUCAGACGAGGGUAUCGCUGCCAUGGCAACAUCAAACACAGUAGCUGUGGUUCUCCCAACAACGGCAUACAUCCUCCGCCUGAGGGCGCCACCUGUUAGGAAAAUGAUUGAUGGCGGAGUGCCAGUGGCACUGGGGUCUGACUUUAACCCGAAUGCAUUUUGUUUAUCUAUGCCCUUGGUGAUGCAUCUCGCCUGCGUAAACUUCCGCAUGACCAUGAACGAGGCCCUGUGUGCUGCCACUCUGAAUGCUGCAGCAUCUGUGGGGAAAUCCCACAGCCAUGGCUCAUUAGAAGUGGGGAAAGUCGGUGAUAUGCUGGUGAUUAAUGCUCCUAGAUGGGAGCACCUUAUCUACCAGCUGGGAGGACAAGAUCAUGUGAUCAAGCACGUCAUCAGGCGGGGAGACGUAGUUCAUUCCAACUAGAAGAUAUCACAGCAUGCCCAUGGGAAGGGUGAAGGGGGUGAUGAAAAAACUGCCCCUUUGCCUGGAAAAGGUCUGCUCUGAAUAAAAAAGUUUGACCUAGAUUCCUUGCCAAUUAUGAAGUUAGAUCUACUAAGGGGGUGUAAGGGUCCACUUUUGUCAAAAGUGGAAUCCUCUUUUUGAAACUGUUGUCUGCCUGCCUGCAGAGUGAUGUUUGCUUCAGACUAGCACGAUGUAUAGACUACAGGGGCGGAUUGAGGCCGUCUUCUGGGUCUUCCGGAAGACGGUCAAAUUUCUAAGUUUACAUUGA